AUGUCUCAAUCAACCAGACCAUCCACAUCCACAGCCUCAUCCGCAACUCCCAAUGAUGCCUCAUGGAGGGCGGGUCUUCGUCCACCACCAAAAGACUUGCGCCCGCAGACAGAAGAUGUCACAAAGACCAAAGGAACUGAAUUCGAAGACAUGUUCCUCCGUCGUGAACUCCUCAUGGGCAUUUUCGAAGCAGGUUUCGAAAGACCAUCACCUAUACAAGAAGAAGCCAUUCCUGUCGCACUUACCAAACGUGACAUCCUCGCUCGUGCUAAAAACGGGACAGGCAAGACCGCUGCUUUCGUUAUACCCUCCUUACAGCAGAUUGAUGUCGGCAAGAAUAAGAUUCAAGCCCUACUCCUCGUCCCUACUCGCGAACUUGCCCUCCAGACAUCCCAGGUCUGUAAAAUACUGGGAAAACAUAUGGGUAUCCAGGUCAUGGUGACUACAGGCGGCACGACCCUCAAAGAUGAUAUUAUGCGCUUAUCAGAGACGGUUCAUGUACUCGUUGGAACACCGGGACGCAUCCUGGAUCUAGCUGGCAAGAACGUUGCUGAUCUCAGCGAGUGUCCCGUGUUCGUCAUGGACGAGGCAGACAAACUUUUGUCGCCUGAGUUUACUCCUGUCAUGGAACAAUUACUCUCUUUCCUUCCUACCGAUCGUCAGGUCAUGCUUUUCAGUGCAACCUUCCCAAUGAUGGUGAAGGACUUCAAGGACAAACGCAUGAGAACCCCUUACGAGAUAAAUCUUAUGGAGGAGCUCACAUUACGUGGUGUGACGCAGUAUUACGCUUAUGUCGAGGAACGACAGAAGGUCCACUGUUUAAACACGCUCUUCUCUAAAUUGCAAAUUAACCAAUCCAUAAUAUUCUGUAACUCUACCAACCGCGUCGAGCUACUCGCCAAGAAAGUCACAGAUCUCGGCUAUUCCUGUUUCUACUCGCACGCAAAGAUGCUUCAGUCACAUCGCAAUCGCGUGUUCCACGAUUUCCGCAAUGGUGUCUGCCGCAACCUCGUUUGCUCAGACCUGUUGACCCGAGGAAUUGAUAUCCAGGCAGUCAACGUCGUAAUCAACUUUGACUUCCCCAAGAACUCGGAGACAUAUCUCCACCGCAUUGGUCGUUCCGGCCGGUUCGGGCACUUGGGUCUUGCUAUUAACCUGGUCACUUAUGAGGACCGUUUCAAUCUAUAUCGCAUUGAGCAGGAGCUUGGCACCGAGAUUCAGCCAAUUCCCCAGGCUAUCGACAAGGGCCUUUAUGUCGCACCCAGCGCUGCUGAGGAGCCUGCCCCACAGAAGCCCCAGUCUCAACCACAGCCGUCUCAGCAGCAGCGACAACAAGCACCUUCUCAGCAAACUUCAAGCAACGGUCGCCAGAACGGCGCAGCGCCUGCACCGUCGCAAGGGCAACAAGCUCAGCGAGGUGGCUAUGCCAAUCAGGCAGCAUACCGCAACGGCACUCCUGCACGAUGA